AUGUCCUCAGUAAAAUCACCCCAUGGAUUUCUUCAGUUUCUGCGACCGUUUCGACUGAGGGAAAGCUGCAUACAGAGAGGAAUAUUUCUGCGACGAUACAACCCCCCUCAAAACGACAGAAGUAAAGAUGUUCUUAGAGAGUGGGCCAAGAGCGUUCUCCAUGAAUCCUCACCUGAAAGCGCUUCUGAAUGCAGUUUCGACAAAGAAAUUCAACUUAGCACACAAAUUGAUAGGGCCACUGAAACGAGUCUGAAAAACGGUAGUGUGUUCCCUGACCACCAAGAAAGAGCCAAGGAACCAUCAGCGCGUGCUAUUGCCCAAUCCACGAGAGGAAGUUCACCACUUAAAACAUUCUCUAUGUCAACGCUAUCUAAUAUCGCUUCAUCGCUUCAGAAGUCUCACAAGUUCCAAGAGAUUGACUCGAUCUACAAAACACAUAGGAACUGGCUGUCUUCUGGAGUUGUGGACCGAUCUUCACGUGCCUACAAUGAGUUUGUACAAGCAGUGUUCGCUGCAGAGUACCGCCUACAGAACUUCACUUUAUGCGAAAACCUUUUUUCCGAAUGCCUCAAAUUUCGUCCUGUGAGCCCAGAGGUCAUCGACAUGGGGCUCAUUACAUUUGUCAAAAACAACAACUUAACAUUAGCCAAGGAAUUUUACGUUCAGAUAUUAAAAAAUCCCGAGACCUUUCCUAUGACGCCUAAUACUUUGCAUGCGUUUGCCUUUGAAAUAUUCAAGACAUCUGAUCUAGCCACAAUGGAGCGAGUGAUUUCCUUGUGGCUUGAAAACUCUUCUAGUCCCAAAACAUAUCCCUUUCACAAGACGCUCGCAUUGUUCCACAGACUUUUACUCAAGCUCGGAGAUGAAGAAGGCAUUGCAAAACUACUUUCACAUUCAGGGGUUAUAAAAACAAAAUAUGAGGGAAGCACUGAGUUCGAUCUUUGUCUCCUCCACCAUGAAGUGGCAGCCAGGAUGUUGACUGAUCAUGUUAAGAUUGGCCACAGAAUGGAUGAAAUUUCUUCAAAAAUGAGUAACGAAAAGCGGUCCAAGGUCUACAUUGAAGUCCUUAAGUUGGGGGUUGCUAAAAAUGAUUUCUCUCUCAUCAAGCUUGCAACAGUCAAGGCCCAAGAGGAUAGUUUUGUUAACCUGAACGAUGAAUUUCACAAGCAUGUGUGCCGCUAUUUUGUUAAGAAUGGCUUACUCAAGUCACUUGUCCAGUAUCUGAAUGACGCUGUCUUGCCUAAGGCUGACUGCCGUUUUGGACAGAUUUACAUUGAACAAUUGUGGAACUGUGCGUUGCAAAACUACCCCAUGCUUUCUCGAGAAUUUACGAACGACAUACAGCUUCUUUUAAACAAAGAGGAGCUUAUUCGAGAGCAUGAGUGGCUUGAGUAUACCACACUUAGAAAGCUGAAAAAUUUUUCUUCGAAUCAUGGCCUUCAGAAAUCUCCAACACAAACAUUGUCAUCACUGUGCUGUCGACUAGGCCCGGAGUUUGCCAACGCAAUCCAAACUAGCCUAGCAGAUGGCGAUGCAUCAGCAAUUCGUAGCCUGAUUUUGAACGAACUCCAACGUGGCGUAAGGCCUGAUUUCACGGUCUUUUAUUCCUUGUUGAAGCUACUCAUGCCAGAUUAUAUCGAUUCAGCAAAGUUAGUGGACCAGAUAAUGCGCGAGACCUAUCGUGAAAUUCCGCUCAAAAUUGACAUCUUAUGGCUAAAGCACAACGCUUUAGAGGCAACUAAGUCGAUUAGAACAAAUGCUUCCACACCGGCAGGAAAACAGCAGGCAGCUCUGGUAGCUGCCACGAAAAUAAAAGACUUUGAAAACCAACAUAGCGGGCGUCUAAACUUUCAAAACUAUAUGCAGCUCUCCUCAUUGUUCCUUGUUUUACGGGAUGCUCGGAAUGCAAGCCACCUUUUGGAAAAAGGUAAAAAACUAAUUAAUUCUUCAAACAAAAGAGAUUGGUAUAUUUAUUACUCCAAUGCUCUUAAAGUUUACACGAGGGCCCGUGACCCAGGCAAAUUCCUUUCAGUUUUAAAGGACUGGAACGCGAAUGACAGUGCAUGGUUAAUAACACCAGAUACUAUACGAUCUUGCAAGGGGUACAUGAAAUACUUUGAGAGAAACCAAGGUUUGACGGCCCAUAAUUCAGCCACCUUGUUUGAGAUACACUCCGAGAUCGAUAGCAUGCUGGCACGUUACGUUAAUUUCAAGUUUCAGGGCCUCAAUGAUAUGAAAAUGGUAUCCAGCUUUUUGCAGCGGUGGAUCGAGCAGGACUUGAAGAAAAAGAAAGAAAACCAUCUUUCUGAUGUUCAGAGCGAAGCUUAA